CUGACUGUAGCUGGCAACCACUUCAAAGGAUGUCAAACUAUGAAUAUCAUUAAGCUACUCUCCGGCCAUGCCAGCUCUCAACGUACAGAAGAGUCCUCUACCACUCAAUGGACACAGAUCAGUGUUUGGUAGACUGCUUGAUUUGCUGCCAUCAUGGAAGCCCACAUCAGAGGACAAGCUGGAACAAGCAGAGAGUAAUGUACUGAAACACCUACAAUCAGAUUAUCAAGACAGCUUCGUACCUAUCAGCAGUGACGCUGUGAUACGCACACUGACAUUGACAAGUAAGAGUAGUAGAGAGGUGCCUCUUGUUAUGAUCCACGGCUUUGGUGCUGGACUACUUCAGUUCUACAAAAACCUCGAUCACUUGCACUCCGAGCGCUCUAUACAUGCCCUAGACUUACCUGGCUUUGGUAGAAGCACAAGGAAGCCUUUCCCUCUACAUCCAGAUAAUGCAGAGCAAGAGUUUGUCGACUACCUAGAAAUCUGGAGGAAGGCAAUGCGAUUGGAGAAGUUUGUUUUGCUAGGGCACAGCUUUGGUGCCUACAUAGCAUGUGCUUACACCCUUCGUUAUCCGGAGAGAGUUCGUCAUCUGAUUCUAGUGGACCCGUGGGGAUUUGCACAGCCUCCAAAUGAACAGGAGCUCAACGACAAGUUCAAGCAAUCAUCAUGGUUCUGGAGAGCUGUUGGGAAAUUGAAGCCAUUCACUGUGGUGCGAACUGUGGGGCCUUGGGGGCCUACUAUCAUUAAGCGUAUGAGAGCUGACCUCGUGAAUACAUUUAGUGAAGAAUUCUUAGACUAUGUCUACCACUGCAAUGCUCAGAAACCAACUGGUGAGAUGGCCUACAAUGCAAUGCAGUAUUACUUUGCCUGGUCCCAGCGUCCUAUGUUGAGCAGAGUUGCCUCAAGUCUGUGUCUCAGUGUCCCCCUCACAGUGGUGUGUGGGAGGAGCUCUUGGUUGGGUCGAUUAGAGGACAAGACUCCGGAGAAGAUAGCUCAAGCACGGCAUGACUCGUAUGUGGCUGUACACUACGUGGAGGGUGCUGGACAUCAUGUGCACGCUGACAAACCAGCAGAGUUCAACCAAAUAGUAUCAGCAACUCUCAAACUUGUAGACACAGAUCAGGACAUAGCUACUGACAGUAAUCCCUCUAAUAAAUGAUAUUCAUACCCUAUUAAAUCAAUUUUAAUUAAUAUCCUAUAA